GGAAUAUACUCACAUUUACAACUCUCCAUCUGUUCUCCACUGCGAGUUUGCUUUGAGGGCUUUUGAGACUAGAAUCACUCUGAACGGGUUGUUUUCGAUUUUUUAUGUGAUUUCUACAAUGGAUUUGUCUUUAGUAUCUAUCUCCAAAAACUAGUGGUGGUCCAUUCAUCCAAAUGUUUCGCCUGCCAUUCUCGCUUUGCAUGUAGCCGGUGGUUUCAGCCUGCGCCCAGGUGGUUCACGCGAAAUUGCACAGGGAUUUACAUUUUUGUAUUUUGGUUGGAUGCAGAUAUCCCUUUUUAUUUAUUGAAAAGCGCGUACACUAUUACCCCCCCAACAAUGGCUGAUGCUAAUGCAGAAUGCAAUAUCAAGGUGUUGUGUCGAUUUCGUCCUCUGAACAAGUCCGAAAUUCUCCGCGGAGAUAAGUUCAUCCCAAUAUUUCAGGGAGAAGACACUGUCAUCCUCGGGGGGAAGUCGUACGUGUUUGACCAGGUGUUUCCUACGAACACCACCCAGAUACAGGUCUACAAUACCUGCGCCAAGCAGAUUGUCAAAGAUGUUUUGGAUGGAUACAAUGGGACUAUAUUUGCCUAUGGGCAGACGUCCUCUGGAAAAACACACACCAUGGAGGGGAGCCUUCAUGAUCCCCAGGGAAUGGGAAUCAUCCCCCGGAUCGCAGACGACAUUUUUGAACAUAUAUUUGCAAUGGAUGAAAACCUAGAAUUUCACAUAAAGGUCUCCUACUUCGAGAUCUAUAUGGAUAAAAUACGAGACCUGCUGGAUGUGACAAAAACCAACUUGUCAGUGCAUGAAGACAAACACAGAGUUCCUUAUGUGAAGGGCUGCACGGAGCGCUUUGUGACGAGUCCCGAGGAAGUGAUGGAUGUGAUAGAUGAAGGGAAGGCCAGCCGUCACGUUGCUGUCACCAACAUGAAUGAGCACAGUUCACGGAGUCACAGCAUCUUCCUGAUAAACAUCAAACAAGAGAACGUGGAGACAGAGCAGAAGCUGUGUGGGAAGCUGUACCUGGUCGACCUCGCUGGGAGUGAGAAGGUCAGUAAGACGGGUGCAGAGGGAGCAGUGCUGGAUGAGGCCAAGAACAUCAACAGGUCUCUGUCGGCCCUGGGAAACGUCAUCUCAGCCCUGGCCGAGGGAACGAAAUCUCACGUGCCCUACCGUGACAGCAAGAUGACUCGCAUCUUACAGGACUCACUGGGUGGGAACUGUCGCACCACCAUGUUCAUCUGUUGCUCUCCCUCCAGCUACAAUGAUGUGGAGACCAAAUCCACCCUGAUGUUUGGCCAACGAGCCAAGACCAUCAGAAAUACUGUGUCCGUGAAUCUUGAGCUCACUGCAGAGCAGUGGAAGAAGAAGUACGAAAAGGAAAAGGAGAAGAACAGGUCAUUGAAGGAGACUGUUCAGAGACUGGAGACUGAGCUGAACUGCUGGAGGAACGGUGAGGCUGUUGAGUUAGAACAACCGAGCCCUGAAGACAUCCCCUUGGUUCCUCAUGAAUCUGAGGAGCCCAUUCUCGACAUAUGCAGCCCCUGCAGCCCUUGCUCGGUUGCCUCUUCCAUUGUGAUUCACAUCUCUGAGGAGGAGCGGCAGAAAUAUGAGGAGGAGAUCCGCAAGCUUUACAAACAGAUGGAUGAUAAGGAUGACGAGAUCAAUCACCAGAGCCAGAUGGUGGAGAAACUGAAGGAGCAGAUGCUCGACCAGGAGGAGCUUCUGGCAUCCUCCAGGGGUGACAGCGAGAAGGUGCAGUCAGAGCUCGGCAGGCUGCAGACAGAGAACAAAUCCGCUAAAGCCGAGGUGAAAGAAGUCCUCCAGGCUCUGGAGGAGCUGGCAGUCAACUAUGACCAGAGGAGCUUGGAGGUUGAGGAGAGGAGUGUGCAGAAGAAGCUGCUGGCUGAAGAGCUGGCAAAGAAAGUGGCUCAACUCAAGGCUGUCGAAGCAGAGCUGUGUCGCAUCCAGGAAGUGAGCAGCCAUCAAAGGAAACGCAUCACUGAGAUUCUCAACAGCCUGAUGAGGGACUUGAGUGAGUUCAGCACCAUCGUUGGGAAAAGGGACAUGAAGCUGCCCAUGGAGAUCACCGGUUCAAUCGAGGAGGAGUUCACAGUGGCCCGCCUCUACAUCAGUAAGAUAAAGUCGGAGGUGAAGUCCAUGGUGAAGCGCUGCCGUCAUCUUGAGAGCCUCCAGAUGGAGUGUCACCGCAAGAUGGAGGAGACGGGCAGAGAGCUGUCCUCAUGUCAGCUCCUCAUUUCUCAGCACGAGGCAAAGAUCCGCUCUCUGACGGACUACAUGCAGAAUGUGGAGCUGAAGAAGAGGAAGUUGGAGGACAGUUAUGACUCUCUGAGUGAAGAGCUGGCCAAACUCCAAGCUCAAGAGAGCAUGGCACUGGUCACCAGCGGCGAGAAUCACUCUUCUGUCCUGGAUUCCUGUGAUAUAAAGAGGGCUCUGGAGCAGCAGAUGGAGUCACAUCGUGAAUCGCACAGCAAACAGCUUGGACGCCUGCGUGAUGAGAUCAAUGACAAACAGAAGAUCAUCGAUGACUUAACUGAUUGUAACCAGGAGCAGCAGCUGGAGUUGGAGCAAUUGCACUGUGACUUUGAACAUCUCAGGAUUCAAGAGCAUCACAAGAGCCGGCAGCUGGAGGAACUGACAUUUCUCCAUGAGCGACAUGAGCAGUCGAAGCGGGAUCUCAAAGGGCUGGAGGACACUGUUGCUCGUGAGCUCUACACCCUGCACAACCUCCGCAAGCUUUUCGUUCAAGACCUCACAACUCGUGUUAGAAAAAGUGCACAGCUCGAGCUUGAUGAGAGAGGGGGAUAUAUCACUCAGAAACAGAAGAUUUCCUUUCUUGAAAACAACCUCGACCAGCUUACAAAAGUUCACAAACAGCUGGUGCGUGACAAUGCAGAUCUUCGCUGUGAGCUUCCAAAACUGGAGAAACGUCUUCGGUCUACAGCUGAGCGAGUUAAGGCGCUGGAGGGUGCACUGAAGGAGGCAAAGGAAGGAGCCAUGAAGGACCGCCACCGCUACCAGCAGGAGGUGGAGCGCAUCAAAGAUGUGAUGAGGGUUCGCAAUCCCUUCCGCCGGCCCCAUGCUGCACAAAUAGCAAAGCCUGUGCGUGCCGGUCACUCAUGCUCUCCCACCAACCCCUUCUACAUCCGAGGCUACAGCGAUCACCCCGUUGCCUUUCGCAAAGCUGAUUUCCACAACAGCAACAUGAAACAAGAAGCUGACCCUGCUGCUCCUGCUAUACCAGAGAGUGAACCAAGGUUAACUGAGGCCAACUCCAACCAGAACAGCCCCACCAAGCACCCCCACCCACACGUCGACAACUCACACGACAGCGACUCUCACGACAACGAUGCUCAGGACAGCGACUCACACGGCAACGAAGCUCAGGACAGCGAUGCCCACGACAACGAAGCUCAGGACAGCGACGCCCACGACAACGAAGCUCAGGACAGCGACUCCCACAACAACGAUGCUCAGAACAGCGACGCUCAGGACAACAUGCUUCGUGUUGAACCACAGAGUCGGGCAGACAAGAACACGGCAGAGAUGCUCGAUUCAGAAAACGGAAACACCACAGAUAUAAAUGACAACAGCAUGUGUCUGAAUGUGAAUUCUGUGCCCAGAAUGGACGUCUGUGACAAUCAGGAUCCAACCAAACUCUUCGGCCUGCAUCCCGAGGCCACAGCCAGCUAAUAGUCCUGAGCAGGCAGACGUUUCUUCUGAGGCCUCCUCUGUAAAUCUGCAUGCAGCUGAUCACUGUCCUCCGCUCCUCUCCUUCCCCUCUUAUCCUCACCUGCUGUAAACAGACCUUUAUCUCUCCUGUGUCCCCUUUCCUUCCCCUGCUUGCUCCUCCUUUUUCUUCUUGUAAAAUGAUGUGGGUUGUAUGUGGGUAUCAAUAAGAUCCAUGGCAAGCACUGCAUAUCUAAUGCACAACCUGGCAGCUUAAAAUAAUAGAUAUUGCUGCACACGAUCCCCCAUGAAAAGGGACCACAAAGAAAGUGCAGAGCUGUAAGUAACCACUAGUGUGUGCUGUUUGUCUCAGUGAUGGUAUCACACUGGACAUAAAACCAGGACAACUGUAAGCUAAUGUUUGACUUUAUCAUUAAUAGCAUUGUAAAACAUGCAAAUGGAUCUGAAAACUCCAAGAUGUACAACAUGAAAACAGUGAACCUCAAGCUCACGUUACUAAUAUCUACACUUUUGACUGCAUGUUGUUUUUUGAUGUUGGUCUUCAGCUUUUCUUGGGAAUAACAUGCAAUAGGAAGAGAGCAAGUGAGGGUACAUAUUAACAUGACAUUUUUCAGUCUAAAAUGUCCUCUAAGUCAAUGUAAGGGGCUUUCUUAAAUGAAUUUAGUUUAAUAUAUAAGGGCGGUAUAAUUAAAUAUUUGCUAAUUGUCAACAAACCUCCAAAAACCAACAGUUGGUACUCUGCCUGAGUAUUGUGUUACCUGCCGAGCCUGCCUGUGGCUUUCAGUCUCAAGCUUAUUCUGAAAAAUACGUUAAUCCUUUAAAAACAUACCUUGAAUAGAUUGUUUCAUUCGUACUAAAAGGCUUAAUUUUCCUUGGAACAACUAGCCACUGUAUUAUUUAGGAAGCACUUCUAAACUAUAAAUAAAUAGCGCAUUUGUAAGGGACUAUUUUCAGCCGUAGAAUAAUGUGAGUGUUGUAGAGUUUUGACAGCAGCAGGAUGGUGUAUGUGGGAUUGAUUCAAAGUAAGUGGCCGUGCCCUUUACAGUGUAAUGAGUAAAUAUGUUAUUCAAUGCAGCAGUGUUUCUCAUCGGCGUGCUUUUGUAACAACGGAAGUCAUUUGCACAGAGGAAGCAGCUACUAUAUGUCAGGCUUUAGAUUCCUGUUUCUACUAAUCACUCACUUCUAUACUUAUCGUUGUUUUUUGUCUUUGGUGGCAUUUGUUGACAAUAAGAAAAUAUGGAAUAUCACUGCACUAUAUAAAUAUUGCUCAUUUGUGUCUCUCUCCCAUUAACAAAACACCUGGCUUGUUAUUAUACUCUACUUGGAAAACUGUCAGUAGUCAUAGUAACAAUGACAUGUAACGUGACAUGUAGGUAGAGCAACACUAAACUAAACAUAUGAACACCUGCCACAGUUAAAACUUGGCCAAGCCUUAAUUUAGACAAUAGACAAUUUACCACAUUUGUCCUUUUGUACUCAAAUAAACAAAGGACAAUUAAGUUUAUGCUGCAUAUACAGUCUGUAUCUCCUCAAGACUCUUCAAGACACUACAGUUUUGUAUUUUGCUACCCUUUGAGGAUAUAUUUCAGAUACUUACAUUCCAUAUUACACAGUUUUUUCCUCUAGUUCAAUAAAGAAAACAACUGUCAGCCAAAAAAGUGUGUAUCUCUAUAGAAUAACAAAUAAGUCACACUUUUUGUAAAGAACUUAUAAGGUUUGAUGGUUCUGGUAGUAGUGCUAUCUCACCAAGCAGAGAAAGUAUGGUCAAUAAGGUACUAAGUUAAGAUUGUUUAAAAUAGAAACGCUCACAUUUUCAGUGGUUAACGUCGUCACCGCAUGUUGGACCUUGGUACACCGCACUGGUUUAUCUGAAAAGCAACUUAAAUAAAAAAGUUAAUUAUACAACAUAUUUUUCCUGUUUUUAGAAAACUGACUCCUAGUAGAGAGACUUUUAAACUGUAAAUCAUACAAAACCUGCCUGUCAGGGAUUGUCUGUGAGAUAUUCAGUCAUUAUCGUGUCAAUCGAAAGCAUGGCAGAGUGGGAAAAAAGGAAUGGUGUAGCAAAUAUUUUUAUACUGCUAAUUCUAGUUUAAAAGAAAUAUAUAUAUUAUUUAUCAUUUGUCCUAUUUUAAAUGUGAAUUAUAUGCUAUAUAUUCUUGAUUUAUAGCAGUUGUUGAAUGUGAAACGUUUGCAUAUGCUUUGAUGUGUGCUUGAAAUGUUUUGGAAUUUCAGAUUUCCAAUGUGUUAUCAUUGAAUGAAAAUGUCAUCCAAUAUGAAUUUGUUGAGCAGGGGAUUAUCGUUCUCCUCAGAUUGAAACCAAAGCGCUGAUUGAAGUGAGUCAGUUAAAGAGGCGGUCUGUGAAACAUAAAGUAAGGGUUACUCUAGGUUAUCUUCUGUUACAGCCCUGUCUUAUCCCUCUCUCUCACACACACACACACACACACACACACACACACACACACACACACACACACACACACACACACACACACACACACUCACAGCUAGUGCCUCAUCAGGCAAUAAUUUGACUUUUGACCCCAAAAUAUAGAUGUAUUGCAUAUCCUGUUCUAUUGGGUGCAGUCUGAGUUAUCUGAGCAGAUAAGUUGAUUGACAGUUUACACACUACGGUUAAAAUGCCCUUCAAACUCUCUCAUGAAAUUCCUGAUCAACCAGUCAGGAUGACGGUGUGUGUGCGUGUGUGUGUGUGUGUGUGUGCGUGCUAUAUGUGUUGGGAGAGAAAAAGGAGCUGUAUCUUCUUAGCAGACUCUCUCACUCUUUGACUUUCGGCACUACUUUUUAACAAAACAGACCCGUAAAGCUUUCUAUUACAGCCUGCAGAUAUAGUGCAAAUCAUUCAGAAUACUUAUAGUGUGCUUACUGGGUAUAGGCACAGGGGACGAAGUCAGAGGGUUUGUGUUUAGAGGGGAUCUAGAAAUAAAUUACACCUAAAGUAUGUUUUUAAUGAAUUGUUACAGACAGGGGACCAGCAGGCUUGGUGUAUUUGUUGCCAUGUCAUGAAAAAGAGCCAAGGUUUGUCUGGCACUUCAUCAUAGUAAACUAUAAUACUUUUAUUGCAAGGGAAAAAUGUAAGCAUUUAGCUCCACUGCUGUUUCAAGUGUCUUCUCCAACACAAUUUUAAAUUGUCUGAUGGAUUCCAUAGUUUGUUACCAUUAUUUUCCAAAAUAUAAUGUAUACAUUAAUAUAUUUUAUAGCUAUGACUGCAGAAGCUGUAAAGCCUUAGUUUAUGUUUCCCAGCGACAUAUUUGUCCCCCAUCUGAAUAAAUGCUCUGUAUUUGAACUAUUCCAUGUAUUAACCUUGUUUUCUCUUAUGUUCAUAAACGCUCUUCAACAUAAAGUUGCUAUACUCCUAUACAUCUUGUCUCUGUUCUUCCCCCGAUUUGUUGUGUGUAGUUACCCGGUGAACAUUUUACAAUGCCUUGUACAAACUAAAUUAUUGCAUUUAAUAAAUUGUGGGCUGUAAUCUGAAGCGUUACCAGAAUAUUUUCAUUAUAUUGAGACUUAGAAAUGCAUGAAGCACUUUAUCACAGUAUUUUGUUUAUGCUUUUUCUCUUUGUACCUCUUCACAAGGGGUAAAAAAGGACGUUGAACUUGAGAAGUGUCAUGCUCUGUCUGAAGUAGACUGUGUUUGCAUAACCUAUAGAAACCAUGCGUUGAAUGUGAAUGACCUUUUCUGUCAAUUUUCUGUUAAUCAAUGAAAACCACAACGAAAACAGCUGCUCCUGACAUGCCCUAUGGUUGUAUACUGUUCUGUAAAUGUUUGGAUGAUUGUAGAAUUGAUUUGCAGUGUUAUUGUUAUGUUUGUCUGACAGUAAUUGUACACAAACAGAAAAAAAAAUCUGGCAAGGUAAAACAUAUGUGAUACUGUAGCCUAAAUAUGCAGAAAUAUAACUCUGACAAAGAUGGUGAGGUGGAGUGGUUAAAAAAAGAAAACAGAUGCAAAAUGUGUUUGUUUGUACAUGUGUGCGUUGGUGAGUUUGUUAAAGGCGUGUGAUUUAGUGCAUGCAGUAUUCUUUUCUGUAGCUGCUGAGAAACAGUACUGU